AUGUCGUCCUCCGCGAAAGUCAAAACCGGCCAGCUCUGGGGCAAAGGCAAAGACGACCUGAAGAAGCAACUCGAAGAACUCAAGACCGAGCUCGGCCAGCUGAGGGUACAAAAGAUUGCCGGUGGUGCCUCAUCGAAGCUCACUCGAAUCCACGACCUCCGUAAAUCCAUCGCCAAAGUCCUUACCGUGAUCAACGCAAACCAGAGAUCUCAGCUGCGCCUGUUCUACAAGAAGAAGAAGUAUCUACCGCUUGAUCUGCGACCGAAACAGACCAGGGCGAUUAGGAGGAGGUUGACCAAGAAGGAAAAGGGGCUGGUGACGGAAAAGCAGCGGAAGAAGCAGAUGCAUUUUCCAAUGAGGAAGUAUGCUGUCAAGGCAGAGGCUUAA